AUGGCUUCCGUACAGGCACUAGGAAAUCGGGGGAAAUCCACGACGUUCGGCGAAUGGUGCGACAAGUUCCAUUCAUAUGUUCUCUCGCACUUUUCUGAUAAAUGCACAAGAGUUGAUAUUGUAUUUGAUCGGUACUUGGACAACUCCAUUAAAGGAGGGACUCGUGCGAAGAGGAAAGGUGUAAGAGGUAAAGGAAUUAAGAGAAAAUUUGAAAGCCGUGAGCAGAAAAUUGGAAACUGGGACAGAUUUGUUUCUCUCGACGAGAAUAAGGCAAGUCUGGCACAUUUCCUUUGCACACAACUUUCUGAAAAUUGCCAGCAGUUACUCCUCGGUCAAGAACUUGUUGUCAGUGGAGGCUUUAAUGACCCAAAGAAAACGUGGAGUUCAAUCGGUCGAGAUGUCUCCAGACUCGAAUCCGACCAGGAGGAAGCAGAUACUCGCAUCGUUCUACAUGCCAGGGACGCUACACUGCGAGGAAGUCAGCAGAUCAAUGUAAUAUCGCGCGGCACUGAUGUGUUCCUGCUUCUCACGGCUCACAAGCCCCAUCUUUGUGAAGUUCUAUGGAUGGUGUAUCGGUACAUAGCACCGUGUAUGUACCUAUCGGUACAUACACGGUGCUAUGUACCGAUACACCAAAUCCAUGUCACGGAAGACAUAAGAGAAUCGCUAUUGGCAUUCCACGCUUUGACGGGCUGCGACACUACUAGUCAGAUUGCUGGUAUUGGUAAGAAAUCUGCGUGGACCGUUUUCGUUAAGAAUCAUGACCUUCUGGAACAUCUUGGCGAAGAAAGCAUCGCAAAUGACCAAGUUCUUUCCAAUGCGGAAACCUUUGUGUGCCACCUUCACAAUCCAAAUACAGAUAACGUGCUCAUCAACCAUGAGAGAGUGGCGUCAUUUAGACGAGCAACUAAAAGCUUGGAUUCUCUGCCACCCUCUCAAAAUACACUUUUUCUCCACAUCAAGCGUGCGCAUCUGCCGACAUUCAUAUGGAAGAAAGCCUUGAAACCGUGCCCUGUUCUUCCAAGUCCAGAAGAAAAUGGAUGGAAUUUCGAUGACGGCAUUCUGAAGCCCACGCUAACGACUGAAGAACCAGUCUCAGCAUCUUGCGUACAGCUGGCGUACUGUGGUUGUUCCGCUGAGCGUUCAUGUGGAACACGAAGAUGUACUUGUGUACGCCUAUCUUUAACAUGCUCCAAAGCUUGUAAUUGCGGUUAUAAUUGCGUAAACACAAUCUUGGAGGAAUAA